CUCGCCUUUCCUAUCUUGCUAUCGUCUGCGAUUGCACGGCGCACGACUCGGCCAAGAUGAGUCACGAUGCGGAUAGCAGCACAUUAAAACCGUACAACACGCGCACACUCUCUGGGUACGGCUCUGCGACCUCGAGCCUCCGCGCCAUGUACACCAGUGUCCCCGGAAGUGGCGCCAUGACCCCGCGGACGCCCGGAAUACCAUCAGGACAGGACGGCGAGCGCGACCCACUCCUCGAUGCGCGUGUGAGGGAUGUAGGCGAGGUGGAAGCGGGAGGGGCGCGGACCCCGAAAGGCCCGGUCGAGCGACCUCAACUCUGGAGGAAGAAGUCAAUUUGGGCGAAAGUUCGGUAUUAUGUACCCGGGACCGCAUGGAUUCCUCAAUACUCGUUUUCCUUGUUUGCCGGUGAUUUCCUCGCCGGGAUCACCGUUGCAAGCAUGUUGAUACCACAGUCCGUGUCGUACGCUUCUUCCCUCGCGAAGUUGAGUCCAGUUACUGGUUUGUUUUCCGCCGCUAUACCCGGAAUCGUUUACGCCUUGCUUGGAACAUCACGACAAUUGAACGUUGCACCCGAGGCCGCGCUCUCGCUGCUUGUCGGACAGGUCGUAGAUGAGAUUUUGCAUUCAGACCCGCACACCCAUCCAAUAGACCCCAACGCUAUGUCGCUCGCGAUUUCUACUAUCAUCACGUUCCAGGUCGGCCUCAUCAGCUUCCUGCUCGGGCUGCUUCGGCUUGGGUUCCUAGAUGUAGUGCUCAGCCGCGCGCUCCUGCGCGGGUUUGUCACCGCGGUCGCCGUUGUGAUCAUGAUCGAGCAACUCAUUCCAAUGCUCGGACUGACGCACCUCGAACAUGUUUUGCAGCCGAAGACGACGCUCGACAAGUUCCUCUUCUUGGUCGAGAACGCGUUCACGCACGCGCAUCAGCUCACCACCACCAUCAGUUUCGGGGCCCUCGCGGUGCUCGUGAGCAUGCGCAGCUUCAAACAAAUGUGCCGGAAGUACUGGUUCAUAUACCGCCUCCCCGAGGUCUUCCUAGUCGUCGUCGUGUCUACCUUCCUUUCGGACAAAUUCGACUGGGACCAGGACGGCGUCGAGAUCCUGGGCUCCGUGCCGAUCAACACCGGGAGCUCGUUCAUCCAGUUCCCCCUCCGCAAGAUCACGUUGCGCUACCUCAGGCGCACGACCUCGACUGCAGUACUGAUCUCCGUCGUCGGCUUCCUCGACAGCAUCGUCGCUGCGAAGCAGAACGCGGGUCGCUUCGGAUACAGCAUCAGCCCGAACCGCGAGCUCGUCGCGCUCGGGGCGGGCAAUAUUAUCGGCUCAUUCGUGCCGGGAACUCUGCCUGCGUAUGGGUCCAUAACGAGGUCAAAGUUGAAUGGCGACCUUGGUGGGCGCACGCAGAUGGCAUCGCUCGUAACCUCGACGCUUGUAUUGCUCGCAACAUUCUUCCUGCUGCCCUGGCUCUACUACCUCCCCAAAUGUGUGCUCGCGUCCGUCAUUUGCCUGAUCGUGUUCUCGCUGCUCGGCGAGCUGCCGCAUGACGCCAUGUUCUACUGGAGGAUGAAGGCGUGGAUCGACCUGGCGCUCAUGACGCUCACGUUCGUGCUGACCAUCAUCUGGAACGUCGAGGUCGGAAUCGCCGUCAGUGUCGUCAUCUCGCUGCUGCUCGUCGUCCGGCGCUCGUCGCGCACGCGCAUGACCAUUCUGGGUCGUAUCCCGGGAACGGAGCGGUGGAAACCGAUUGACGAGAACCCGGAGGCGGAGGAAGACGCGUCCGGGGUGCUCAUCGUGCGCAUUCGCGAGAACCUCGACUUUGCCAACACCGCACAGUUGAAGGAGCGACUGCGGCGGCUCGAGCUCUAUGGGCACGACAAGCAUCAUCCGGCCGACGAGCCGCACAGGCACGACGCCAACGUGCUCGUGUUCCAUCUGGCGGAUGUGGACACCAUUGACGCGUCAGCGGUACAAAUAUUCUUCGAGCUGGCGGAGACCUACAAGAACCGAGGAGUGGGCAUGUACAUCACGCAUCUCAAGUCGGACCCGCGGCGGGCGUUCGAGAAGGCGGGCGUCGUGGCGCUGCUGGGCGAGGAUGCGUUCUGCAAGGACGUCGCGAGCGCGAUGGUGCGCGUCGAGCAGGCGAUGAGGGAGCGGUGAUGGAGAUGUGCGUAGGGUGGUGGUGCGGGCGAGUAUCUCUGUUGGCGGUGACGGCGACGCGUCUUUAUGUUCUCCGAUCUGUGAGUUUUGUUGUUGUCCUAGAUCUUACUGCAAGUUCUAUAGAGAUGGGCUUCCUUC